AUGGCGCCGAAGUAUACCAACAAACUCGCCAACCAGCGAGUCCUGAUUUUUGGAGGAACCUCAGGAAUCGGCUUCGCCGUUGCUGAAGCCGCCUUCGAACACGGCGCCAACCUAGUAAUCUCGAGUUCCAACCAAGCCAAGCUCGACAAGACCGUUGCCCGUCUCAAGGAGGCCUACCCGGCUGAAUUUGAGAAGCAGACCAUCACCACUCUCGUUUGCGACCUCUCCGAUGCUGCCAAUCUGGACACCAACCUGGAAAAACUCUUUGAAGCUGCUACUGAUGGGGGUACCGUCAAACUGAAUCACAUCGCUACAACUGCAGGUAAUGGUCUCAGUCUUCCUAAGCUCGCUGAGCUCACACCCGACGCAAUCUACAACGGCAUGACCGUCCGCUAUAUCGCGCCCGCCAUGAUGGCCAAGUUCAUUCCUAAGUACGUCGUGAACUCGCCAUCCAGCUCUUUUACAAUCACUGGCGGUCUGCGAGGUCAGAAACCAGCCCCAGGCUGGGCCGUGGUUACAAGCUCCUGCUGCGCAGUCGAAGGUCUUGGUCGUGGUCUUGCUUUGGAUCUGAAGCCCGUGCGUGUGAACGUGGUGCACCCAGGCGCCGUCAAGACGGAGUUAUUUAGCAUGUUUCCUGGAGAGCAACUUGAGAUCAUGUUGAAGAUGUUCCGGGAUAGUUCUACGACUGGGACCGUUGGCAGGCCGGAGGACCUGGCGGAGAGCUAUAUCUACCUGAUGAAGGAUGAGUUUGUAACUGGAUCGGUUAUUGAGUCGAAUGGCGGGGCUUUGUUGAAAUAG